CUUGGUUCUGGGACUUUGCUGUGCGGCACGCAAUACGAGGUUGUAACGAGCCCUCCCGCGUUAAGGGGAGCUGGUAGUAGUUUGCGCACCGCCUCACCGAUCGGGGGCUACCCCUCCACCAAGCCUAUCGCCUGGCCAGACCGGGGCUGCCCCUCCACCAAGCCUGGCUCCAGAGUAACAAAAGGACAGACAGCCAAGGACAAACAGAGCAUCAGACUAUGAGGCCGUCAACGAGCGCGGCGGUCGCCCUGGGCCUGACCUACCUCGCGCUUGGCAUCGAGGCCGAGUGCAACAAGAACAAGCACUGUGAGACCGGCUCGUUCUGCGCCUGUAACACUGGCUCGGGCGAGUGCACGGACAAGGACUCGGUCUGUCAGACGUGUGCGAGUAUCGGGUGGCCGACCUUCGAGCCCGGCACGGUCGCCUGCGAGAGAUAUGAAAGGGGCUGCGGCCUCACGUGCGACGGGAGCAACUACGAGGCGAGCCAGGCGUGCGCGGGCGAUAGGGUUUGGUUGGAUUGUGGCACUGCUUGUGAAAAGGUCUGCGGCGAGAAGUCCGACGACGUCUGUACGGAGCAGUGUGUACCGGCGUGCCAAUGCCCGAAAUACACGGUCCUCGAGAGCGCGGACGGUGACGUUUGUUUGAGAAUGAAGGAGUGCCGGAAGCGGCGGAAAAGUGAUGACGACAUGACCUUCUGGGGCUUCGACGACGACGCCGAGGACUGGUACGCCGACGGCGCCAAGAAAAAAGCGGACGACGACGGCGAAGCCGCAGCGGCGUCGUCGUCCAACUCUCGAGGAGCCUCGGAUGGGCUCCAGGUCGACGGUGCUGGUUUGACGGUUGGAUGUGUGUUCACCGCCGGCAUUCUCAUUGGUGCCGCCGCGAUGCGCUUCCGGCAAUCAUCAAAGAGGCGACCACCAACCGUCGAGCUGGGCCAGGUCAUCGUCGCCGAGGAGGUCCUCAAGGACCUCGAGCCGCGACACCUCGAGGAGCCGUCCCCGGAGGUCCACUCCGUCGACGCCUCGACGCCGACCGCGAGACCCGUGUAAACAGAACCCUUGUGUAACA